UUUCUCAAGGCCGCGCGCUGCGUCAAGCCCGACAUUCAGUUCAUCGCGCCGGGCAAGUGCCCCAAGAAGAUGACGACGUGCGGGAUCGCCAAGUGCCAACUGACAAAAGCCAAGGUGUGCGCGUCCAUGGACGGCGGCAAGACGGAGCUCAAGUACCAGAAUCAGUGCUUUCUGGACGCGGCGACGUGUGUGAACCCGCUGAUCAAGAAGGUGGCGGCGUGCAAGGCGCGGCGGGUGCUGUCGGUGGCCGCAAGCAACACGACGAUGACGGUGGACGAGGUUGACUCGGACCUGGACGAUGAUAUCGGCAGCUUGGUGAUCCCGGACGGCAACUUCGAUGACGACGACGAUGAUUUCCUCAUCAUUGAUGACCUCAUGGACCCAACAACAGUUGUGAACGAUACUGUUCCGGUCAGCAAGAACACGUCGGCGCCAAAUGUGUCGACGCCGGCACCGUCCAAGAAGCCAUCUGCCGCACAUGUUGAUGGAACUCUGGCGUGGGCAGUGCUGACGAUCGCCACUGUCCUUGUGGCAGCGGCGUAGAACGAUGCUUUCUAUGGACCUUUUUUACGGCUACACCCCAUGAACAUAAACAAUGUUUGAAUCUCACUUGGCUAAUCUCAUUUGGCUCCACCAAAUUCGCAAAACCCCGUCAUCGAAUGCGAG